AUGCCACUUACACCAGCUCAGAGCCUGAACUCAGACGAUUUGAUGGACUUAUCGUUUGGACCCAAUUUGGGGGGAGAGGGACUGGCUAAUUCCCCCUCAAUUGCUGUGUCUCUCCGUGAUCUGAACAAUCAUAGACCCUUUGGAUCCCGCGAGACACGUUAUCCAGAUGGGGACAGACAUCGUCCUCGAACCAAUAGGUCCCAGAGUCCCAAUCGACAAGGGACCCUUUCCCAGAGUGAGAGGUACCCACGUGAAACUCCACCAUUGGAUAACCACGAGGGCAUGAGCUACUCCCGACCACUUGCUGGAAGCAAUCUCCAGGCAUUUCAAGCUUUGUGCCAGGAUGCCGGCUUGGAUAUCGACCAUGAGUUAACCGCACAAAACCUUGCACAGGUAUACGGAGUGGACAAUCAACACAUCGCCCAAUCCACGUUCCUGGCCCGUAUCUUGGCGAAGCUAUCCAACAUGGAAAGCAAGGUAGAUAGCCUCACCCUUGAGGUUGCCAACCUGAAGGACACUGUUGAAGAGGCGUUGACCACGGCUACAAACCACCCAGAGGAGGCCACUAAUAGGACCAACAAUGCUCCCGUUGUUUCCCAAGCUGUUUGGGUGACAAGCAAAGAGCUCAACCAACUGAUUGUUGGGAAAGCGAUGGAGAUGAUCACUAAUCCCAUCUUGGAGGCUUACACCGCUGUGGACACUGGUGGUCGUGGUCGUCGUGCGGGAAAAAAAUCCAGGGGGUUUGGCUGCCCCAUUCCCUAUUCAACACCAUCAAAUGACAUCAAUUACCCACGGUAUCAGCAACAUUGCAACAGUCAAUCUCCAGCAUGGAAAGCGGAUCACCUUCCCCCCAAAAACCUAGGUAUCACCGAUGCAACAGCUACCAAGUUAUAUUACAAAGCUAUCAGAAAUCAUUUGAAACAUGUGCGUGAGAGGUAUCACAAGUUGCUUUUGACCGGCAUUGACGAGUAUCACAAUUCCAGCCACGGAGAAGGAGACGGGGCACGUGAGGGUGAAGGCGAAGGCGAAGGAGAUGGCAACAGCGAACCACGCGAAGGCGAAGGCGAAUCCAGAAUUGUGGUACCUUACAUAGAGGAUCUGAUGUACUUGAUUGCCCAAAAAUUUGACACCGUUGGCAAACAUGCAAACUCCGCCUCGUUGUGGGCGUCCACCUCGGGUGCUACGCGCGCCAGGCUAGCAUACUUGCGGCGCGAAGCAGCACGCAUCUACCAAAUUGGCCGAGGCUCCAGCUCUAUAUGGGACGCGGUUGAUGGACAGCUGAACGUUUUGAGAUCAAAACCGGGCAAUUAUUCGGUUUCUUGCCAUCGGACGUCGAGAUCAUCGCUGGUAUACCGCUACAAGCCACUCCUGAGUGAAGUUUCGAGGUCAAUCACAGGGAAAGGGCCAGCAUCGCUUGGAAUUUUAAUCUACCCAGCCAAUUCGCAUGGCUUGAUCGCCAUUGCCGAGUCAAAUCUAUAUUUUGGAUUGCUGAGCUGUAAACCUGGGCGGGGAUGGAUGGAUUCAGGGCUCACGCGGCACCAGGUGCGGGUUAUUCUAUCGGGGCCAACCCCCCGUGACCGCCAUCCGGCAGACCAAUUAUGGCCUUAUGGCGGUUUAGCGGCGGCCUGUGGGCCGCACCACCUACCGCCAAGUGGCGGUCGACCGCUGGGACCGGUCGAAAUACGGCCUUGGCGGCCUGGAGGUGGUCUCGGCCGUGCCGCGGUGUAUAAACCCCGGCACGUGGGACUUAGGCAGGGAAGGGUGUUGGACCUCGCAAGUCUCCCUCCAAAAAUCACAUUCGGUCAACCUAAUUCGCUUUGCAUUGAUCUCACCAAGUUCCAGUCCUACCUUUCUUUGACUUCGUUACUUUUGAUCUCGGAUAUGGCUACUGCAGAUGACGGAGCCGAAGUGCAGAAUCUCAAUGCUCUACUGCAAAAGUCUCUUUCGGUUCUAAACUUCAAGCCUGAAAUAAGCUUGGCCUCAUUGAUGCCCGGUGUAUCUGCUGCCUCUGCUGAAGCCACUCGUGCGGCGCUCACUGAAAAUACGGAAAAAUAUCAUUGCUUUUUUAAUGACAUGCACUUUCACAAUCAUAUAGCUCAUCAUCUAUUGGCGAUGUAUGCGCUUGGUGCACCGCCGGCCUUGAUCAAGGCCGCUUUCGAGACAGAAGCCCUAGAACAAAGACCUGCGCUCUCACCGCCAUCGGGUGAAAUGUUUAAUGAGAAAAAUUGGACUAUACACUUGGGGGAUGAUAAAUACUAUCCCAGGUACUUGUCCUUCUUUUCCGCCGAGGUUGCUCGGUUAGGCGCCAUGAAUGCGGUAGAUCAUUAUGUCUUUCGCCAAACUGAAGGAGAUAUGCUGAAUCGAUCUUUGGGAGGCGUUUAUCAUCCUAUAAUUCAUUGGGGUUAUGGUCUUGAAUUUUCCGUCGACGGCAUCGUAGCGGAAGGUCUUGCGAUUGCCGCCGUCCAUUCUACCGAGUACAGGAAGUUGCAGUUCAACAAUUUAAUCAAGAUCUCACAGGAACUUGAAGGAUCUAGCGUCAUAGGAUAUGACAAUUCGAACAACAAACCUAACUUUCAAGCUACUGUACAACAGCUCAGGUUGCAUGAGGUCACCUCUCGCGCUCGUCAAGCUUCCAAAGGCCUGACCGCAUUUGAGAUCCUCCACAGGGUGGCAAAAGAUCCAAAAUUGGAAACGCCACAAAACCGUCCAUCAGAUCUGCUAGGGUCCCUCAUCGAUACCUGUGAAAUAAAGUCGAAUGAAAUAUUACAUUGGACUGAUCAAUGGCAUUUCCAACCUAAAUUAGACUGGACUGAAAUAUUGUGCUGGCUGGUCGUUGCAAUUUACGCCUCCAGCUACCACGAUGGACCAUCACCAUAUCAGCUCGACUUUCUUAUGUUACAUUGCGUCACUUCUUGCAUAUCUCUCCCAACGAUCCUCCAGAACUUAUCCAAAGCAUCUCAAAAGGUGCUGCUCACAAGUUACUUUCGUUCCGUCAUUGCGCUUUGGGUUUCACGGGGACGUCGACCACUUCACCUUUCCCAAGAUUUGGGAGUUAAAAGCGUGGAUCCGCACGAGGUAGAGAGUAGCAAAAAGUGGCCAGCAUUGAUCUCUAUUGCAAUGGCCCAUUCGGAUGAACACGUUACAAAGGUAAGCUUCGAACUAGUUCAUACCGAGCCGACCACUGUGGUAAUGUGCCAUGGUCAGAGUAUUUAUAAACGUAUUUUUCUCAAAAAUUAG